AUGGCCGAUGACGGGUUUGUUGUUGUGGAUGCUAGCGAUGAUUCGUCCUUUGAGGACGUGGGAAAGGACUUCUGCAGUGUUUGGCCCGAGGAUACCCAAGUUUACCCGAAAGUUGACGAUGUUGUCCCCGGGAAAGAGGAAGUCUUGAAGAAGUUUUUCGAUGGUAUAGAUAUACCGGCGCCCGAGUACGCAUAUAGCGAAGUGGAGGAGCAGGAAAAGAUCGAUCAUACUCGCAACGAGGAGCAAGAUGAUGAAGCGUACUGCGAAAAAGGAAAGGAAGGAUUAGGGAACGAGGGCCGAGAACAGGAAGGAUUCCAGGAUUAUAUGAAAGCGAGUUUGAGCGGUGAUGAUGAGGAACAGCGGGAAGGAUUCCAGGAUGGUAUGGAAAAUUUGAGCGAUGAUAGUGAUGAGGAACAGCAGGAAGGAUUCCAGGACGAAAUGAAAAAUUUGAGCGAUGAUGGUGAUGAUGAGGAACAGCAGGAAGGAUUCCAGGAUGAUAUGAAAAAUUUGAGCGAUGAUGGUGAUGAUGAGGAACAGCGGGAAGGAUUCCAGGAUGAUAUGAAAGAAUAUUUGAGCAGUCAGGAGGAGGAUUCCAGUGAUUCUUCUAUAUCUAUAUCCCCGUCCCCGUCCCCAUCCCAUGGGGAAGAUUAUGAGGAAGAGGAGGAUUCUAACCAAGAUGAUGAUGAGAAUGAAAACGAUAGUGACGAACAGGAUGAUAUUGAAGACGAAGAGGACGAUUCGAGCGAUGAAGACGAAACCACUGACGAGUAUAUAAAAGAGGGAGACGAGGAACCGAAGGAUUUGAGCGACGAAUACGAUGCGAAAGAGAAUGGUGGUGAUGAAGAUGAGAUAAAAGAGGAACUUCUUAGCGUCGGUGUCGAGGAACUUCACACACCCUACGAAGAAAAGCAGGAAGAAAAGAAGGAAUCGAGCAAAGAAUACAAGAAUGGUGGUGAUGAAAGUGAAAAGCGAGGGUGUGAAAAGAAGGAAUCCAGCAAAGAAUGCAAGAAUAGAUAUGAAAUGAGAGAGGCUGAGUCAUUUCAUGAGGCUGAGUCGUCGAGCGAUGAAGACGAGGAAGAAAGAAUGGGCUUUCCCACAAGCGAAUGGGUGGUAGUGUACACGAACUCGGGUAGGUUUCCUGGAAAGAAGAAGAAAUUGCUAUGGAAGAUGGAAGGAACGCUAGGGGAAGAAGAGAGUAGCGAGGUUGAGCUUGGAUAG